UCAAAGGGUAUUGUACCUCCAGCUGCCAAUGAAGAAGUGAAGGAACUCUUUGUCUUUGAAAACAAGCUGGACUUGGCAUGUGCUGCUGCUCAGGUUCUGCCCACACUGCAGAUAACAAAGUUGGAUCUCCAGUGGGUGCAAGUCUUGUCUGAAGGUUGGGCCACUCCCUUAUCUGGCUUCAUGAGAGAAAGAGAAUUCCUGCAGGUUCUGCACUUUGGGACUCUCUUGGAUGGUGGAAUUAUCAAUCUGACUAUUCCAAUCGUCCUGCCAGUCAGCACAGAAGACAAGGAGCGCUUGGCAUGCUGCUCAGCCUUUGCCCUUGUCUACUCAGGACGGAGAGUGGCCAUACUUCAAAACCCAGAAUUUUAUCCACACAGGAAAGAGGAACGCUGUGCACGACAAUGGGGAACAACCUGCGAGAAACACCCCUACAUUAAGAUGGUGAUGGAAAGUGGAGACUGGCUUGUUGGAGGUGACCUUCAGGCCCUGGAGAGGAUUCGGUGGAAUGAUGGCCUGGAUCAGUAUCGUCUAACCCCCCAGGAACUCAAGCAGAAGUUUAAGGACAUGAAUGCAGAUGCCAUUUUUGCAUUCCAGCUUCGUAACCCUGUUCACAACGGCCACGCUCUACUGAUGCAAGACACCAAACGCCGGCUUCUGGAGCGAGGCUACAAGCAGCCUGUGCUACUGCUGCACCCGCUUGGGGGUUGGACCAAAGAUGACGACGUGCCACUGGACUGGCGCAUGAAGCAGCACGCGGCAGUUCUGGAAGAGGGCGUGUUGGAUCCACAGUCAACCAUUGUAGCCAUCUUCCCAUCACCCAUGAUGUACGCUGGACCAACAGAGGUUCAAUGGCACUGCAGGUCUCGAAUGAUCGCAGGAGCCAAUUUCUACAUUGUAGGCCGUGAUCCUGCUGGCAUGCCUCAUCCUGUGACUAAAAAGGACCUGUACGAACCUACGCACGGGGGGAAGGUUCUGAGCAUGGCUCCAGGGCUAACCUCAGUAGAAAUCAUACCCUUCAGAGUUGCUGCAUACAAUAAGGAUAAGAAAUGCAUGGACUUCUAUGACCCAGAAAGACACCAAAGCUUUGAUUUCAUCUCUGGCACACGUAUGCGACAGCUUGCUCGUGAGAAUAAAAAUCCACCAGAUGGCUUUAUGGCUCCCAAGGCUUGGAGGGUACUGACCGAAUACUAUUCCUCACUGGAGAAGAAAGAUUAAAGCAUGAAACCUCAGCCUUUACUUGCAGUUUUUCUUCUUUUAUAUUCUCUUAAUUCAUGCAACUAUUAUACUUCAAUUGAAUUUGAUUUACACUAAUUAACAAUUGGUUUCCAAAUUGUUGGAGCGUAGGAGGUUGAGAGGUGACCUUAUAGAAGUUCAUAGAAUCAUGAGAGGUAUAGAUAGGGUUAUGGUAGGUGUCUUUUCCCUUGGAUGUGGGAUUUCAAGACUAGGGGACACAUUUUUAAAGUGAGAAGAGGAAGAUUUUAAAAAGAUAGGAGGGCCAAAUCUUUUACACAGAAGGUGUGGAAUGAACUUCUUGAGGAAGUGGUGGAUAUGGGUACAGCUGCAACAUUUAAAAUACAUUUGGAUAAGUACAUGAAUAGGAAAGCAUUAGAGGGAUAUGGGCUGGAAGCAGGCAGGUGGGACUAGUUUUGUUUGGGAUUAUGUUUGGCAUGGACUGGUCGGACUAAGGAGUCUGUUUCCGUGCUGUAUGACUCUAUGACAGAAUGAAAACCUCGCUGGGAAAAUAGGUUAUUGUGCAUGGCAAUUGUUUAAAUACUAUUUAUUCUUUACUUAUUGCAUUAAAUAAAUGUAAACUCUUUUUGGUCCAUUGCUGUAGCCAUUAACUUCGUAUUUACGUAUAAAGUAACAAUCAAGCAUAAAUGAGAACAAUUUGAGAUUUUUAAUGUUAUACAGAAAUCCUGCUCAAAGUGGGUGAGUGCAACACUGUUUUAAGUGUUUCCUGUUGGUGGUUUGCACAAAAUUAAAUUACCUCAAAUGUUGACCAACUACUGUGAGACAGGACAUUUUUAGUGCAAUCUACAUUAAAUGGGUCAGAUUGUUGCCAGAUUCUUUGUAAUCUUGCAUAUAAUAUGUGAACAGUAAACUUUGUAGCAAGUACAAGUCAUUUUAUUCUCUGGCAUGCUCUACAAAUACCACACUUUUAGCAGAAUUUUAUCUUUGCCAUCUGAGUUGCUUUGAAGUUACUUUACAUUUUCAUAUUUACUUUACCUAAAGCUCCUUUUGGUUGAUAAUUAUACAUCAGAAUUCCAGAUAUAAAGAAAGAAAAUCCUUUUCUGAACAUUGUUUUUGAGGAUUGCACUAUCUCCUCUCUUCCAAAUGUAAAUGACUCUUUCUCUUAACCUUUGCCCUGUCGUCCAUUUGUUAAAUGUUGACUUUGCAAUUUACUGAGCAGGAGAAAGGGGCAGAGAAAAUAGCAAAAUAGACAAAGCACUGAUACAGGUAAGAACAUGCCUUUAAAUGAGAAUACUCCCUAUCAGAACUGAAUCACUGAAAAGAAAAUUGUUUUCCCCCACCCGCCGCAACUAUUUAGAUUUGAAUUCUUAACAGGAGAUUGGGGCACCCAUUGGACAGCUGUGACUCCAUCUAACUCUCCAAAAAGUGCUAUCUUCUAAUGUUGCCAUAAUAAAUAAAGGUCUUGCUUUUUUAAAUGAGUCACAUUUAAAACUGUGUGUCAUGAGGAAGGGAGGGAAGUUAUUUUUGCUCCCUAGUAUAGCCUUAAAGCAUUACAAUAUAUGCACCCAUGGGUAGUGCCAGAAGUAAGUGAAACUGUCUACCCAUCAGAGUAGCUACACUUUAGUUUCUAUCAGCAUCAGCUGACAAUUCAGCAGUCUGAUAGGUUUACAGUUCAGAUUCCUCGCUCCAGCUCCCUCUCCGUCUCAGGGUUUGGAUGAGCUUGAUUCCACAUCAUGCAAACGUCAAACAACAGUGACAAGUAAAAACUGGACAAUUCAAUGAAUUCUCCUUUGUGUCAGUGGAGAACAGAACAUCAUGGACGCUGGAUUUGGGCAGAGCCACAAAUUAUGAUGUCCUUUUUGAUAAAGUGAGGAAGCAAAUCUCUACUGGGGACAAAAUCAAGAAAGAAGGUGAGAUUGGGAGGAUAAACUGAGCUAUUUAUAUACAAUUUCCACUAUCAACAAAAUCCAUGCUUAGGCUCAUUCAGAAAUCAGAACCCAAUGAAGAAACUUUUCAAUUUGAGUUUCACAUAAAUUGGUUUUUAAUAAACAAGGUACACUUCCAAAGUUGUAUGAUGGAUUUAAGUUUUACUUUCAAUGUGAUUAAUGGCUACAGCAAAAAAAGUUAAUCAGCAGAAGGUAUAUUUAGUUUCUAGAAAACUGUUUAUGCUUUAAUCAACUGUAUCCAUUAGUGCCUUUCCAUCAAAUGAUCAGAAAUAUAUAUUUAUUUUUAGAUAUGUAGUGGUUUUUACAUUGUGCCUUAACAAAUUGAAAUCUUCUAUGCCUUUCAUAUAUAUCGUAUAGCUCAAUCUUCUUUAUUAAUAUAAUCUUGUUCUGUUUAUAUGAAUAAAAAUUAAUCAGCAUUGUCUGUCUACUGCUUUAUCGCAAUAGUCUCACAGCUUGUUGCCAAUGUUAUUAUUUUAUUGCUCCACUGUGAGUCUAAUAGACAUAUUUUAUCAACAUGUACAUAAGCAGCAACCCUCUCACAGACAUAUUUACAAAUGAUUGAAGACAACUUCCCUCUUCUGCCUUUUUAUUUCAAGAAGUUAUUUGAAUGACUAAAUAAUUCCAAUCUGUUUAUAUAAUAUAAAUACCACCACCUGAGAGUGUAAAGAAAAGCAGAAAAUGUUGGAAAUACUCAAGUCUGUCAGCAUCUGAAAAGUGAAUGAUGAAGGAAGAGGAAAUAUAAUUGCAUUUAGAUAGAAACUAACCUACAGAAUGUCUCACCGACAUUACAUUGAUGUGUAGUGCUUGGGAGUGGAAUGAAUGGAUCAGGUUGACAGUCUUUUGGAAUUCAUCAGUAUUUGGCUAUUUUUGUCUUCUCAGUUGUUGAGGGAACUGUGUAUUUCCAUAAUAUCAGAUCUUUUUUAAAUCUGGAUCCUGAUCAUUUAGUAUUUAUUUUUCUGCAUCAGAAAUAUGAUCUUUUAAUUGGUGUUUUACUGGGGAAUUUUUAAAGCAUUUGGACAAAUUCUUCUGAUCAUAUAUGGGCUCAGUUAAGUACAAAUUCUAAAGUCACAUUUGACCACCUCGACUUUUAAUGACCACAGAGCCUUCUCACUCAACGUAGGCAGAAUUUUUAAAAAUGAGCACAGAUGUCAUCUGUCUGAACACAUGGAACACACUGAAAUAUUUUAUUUCUUAAACUGAUGUUACCUGAAUCAAAGCUUCAUCUUGUACAAUAUUUGCUAGUUGUUUAAUAAAUAAAGGUUAUUUGUUAAUGUA